AGGUUUGAACAGAGAGAGAGAGAUGCUGCUGGGCUGAGUGGACCGAACGGAUCUGACAACAGAGGCAGAACGUACACGAGUGUCUGUGGCCGGUAGUUCGAGGUCCGCCGCGGUCAGUCUGACACGUCCAGUCGGAACAUGGUUCAGCAGACCGAACAUGGCGGGGUGGUGAUCAACAGCGGAGCCGCCGACCCGGAGGAGAGCGAGCUGCUGGCGGCCUCGGCGUGCAGCCCCGUGCCGGUGAAGCCGGACUGGUGCAAAACCGCUUCGGGUCACAUUAAACGGCCCAUGAACGCCUUCAUGGUCUGGUCGAAGAUCGAGAGGAGGAAGAUCAUGGAACAGGCACCGGACAUGCACAACGCAGAGAUCUCCAAGCGGCUCGGGAAGCGCUGGAAGAUGUUAAAGGAGACCGAGAAGAUCCCGUUCAUCCGGGAGGCGGAGCGGCUCCGACUCAAGCACAUGGCCGACUACCCGGACUACAAGUACCGGCCCAAGAAGAAGCCCAAGACGGAGGGCUGUGCGUUUCCUGCGGGGAAGCCAGCCGCUCCGUCCCCGGAGAAAGCCGGCGGUAGACCCGGGAAUAAGGGCCACGCUGCCGCCAAGAAAUUCUCCAGGUUGAAGCCCAGCAAGCCGGCGGUCGGUCCGGACCGAGCCAGCAGCCAGCUCCCGCAGCACCCGGACCCCCGGUACCGGUAUGUGUUGACCACCAGCUUCAAAGCCAAUAAGCCCAUUAAACGGGAGUUUACGGAUGAUGAGGAGGAAGAGGAGGAGGAUGAAGACGACUCCGAGGAGGAGCAGGAGUUUAAGGCGGACGAGGAUGACGAGCCGGCCCGGUACUGCCUCUCCAAGAUGCCGGCCCGCCUGAGCUCCGCCGGCGGCGACCCGGAGGUGACCAGCAUGUACGACUCAUCCGGUCGGCUCUUCUACAGCUUCAAGAACAUCACCCGGCAGGGUACCGGUACCUCAUCAUACCCGGCCUCCCUCUCACCAGCAUCCUCGUCCCGGUCCGGCUCCACCUCGUCCUCCUCCUGCUGCGGGGAGGACCUGGACGAUCUGCCCGCGGAGGGGACCGACUUCACCCUCAGCCUCGUGGCCGGCUUCCAUGCCUCCUCCGAGCCAUGGAACUCGUCUUCUAGCUCGGCCCCGGGGAACCUGAGCCUGUCCCUGGUGGACAAAGACCUGGACUCGUGCAGCAGUGAGGGCAGCCUCGGGUCCCACUUCGAGUUCCCGGAUUAUUGCACCCCGGAGCUCAGCGAGAUGAUCGCCGGGAACUGGCUGGAGGCGAACUACUCGGACCUGGUGUUCACGUGUUGAUCCGGGAUAUUUGUCUCCAGCUGGAAAGGAGUUCUGGAGCUCCAGGGUCAGUCAGGGGCCGGGUGGCUGUCUUGGGGAUCCGGACAGGAUCCCGAACUGGACUCACUCUGCUGCAGUUCUUCAGCAGAACGUGAAUGAACUGACUUCACUUCAACAGGGUUUUAUGGAUUCAGUUUUCUGUUGCUCGGGUCAGAACCAGGACCCGACCUAUGCAUUCCCGUCCAGCUCAGACUGACUCUGAUGUAUGAGGACGUUCAAAUGUUUGUUCUGUGUCGGAACCUUCAGGAGUGUUCUACUGACUCCUCACACGGUUUAUUUGAUAUUUAUGAGUUUUCAGCUCCCUCCAGGAAGUGACCAACAGGUAUGGCGGGAAACAUUUUUUGAUAGAACCAGAACCAGAACAUACCUCAUCUUUUUUUAAAAAGUAAAACUAUUUUCAGCCUUAUUUUUGUACAGUCAAAGGGAAAUGACGUCAGGCACUUCUUCUACCACUUUUCACUCUGACUGAUGAAUAUUAAUAUAGUUUGUACCUGAGCAUGUUGAGGGUUCAGAUCCCAGCCUGUCUGCCUUGCUUUACUGCCUUGCUGUUUUAAAGCGUGUACAGAACCGGAAGCUUGUUGUAUAUGUUGUGUAAGAUAGUUAAAGUUUGAGUGUGAGUGAGGAGAGAAGUGGACUUUUGUUUUUUAUAUCAUCAACAGGCACAUUUUUGUUUCACUCAUUAUUUUGUGCAAUAUAAAGAAAAGAGGAACAUUAAAGGCGCAUUCUGAGUUUUUUGUUUGGCAGCAGAGGAGCUGACAUCUGUUUGUGACAACUGAAUAAAUCAGCUGGAACUGA